AUGGCUGGCCCAGACGACGCUCCAAAUGGCAGCAUAGACAAGGCCGAAGACUUGUCAACAUCCAAGUCUCCGGACCUGACAAGCAAAGCCACAGCCAGAGCAGCUCAACUCUCCGGCCACCUCGCUUCCCAAAACGGCAUCACUUCUAACACCAGCAAACGACGACGCCAGAAGAAACCAGACGAGCUUCCCGCAGACUACAGCGACGUCCUCGGCCAACUCAACAAACUCCGCCACCUCGCCGCCAACCCCGACCAAACCAAAACCGGCUACAUCCGACAUCGACAAGCAGGUAAACUCUGGGUCCGCGAACGCAUCAACCAAAUCCUCGACAAAGACUCCUUUACCGAAGUCGGCAGUGUGGUAGGUAAAGUGAAAUGGAGGCAAACCGGACCCAUCACGGAAGAACCACUCGAAUUCACUCCCACGAACAAUCUCAAUGGUUUCGGGAUGCUGGGCGGAAGACGUGUGGUACUUACUGCUGAUGACUUCACCAUCCGCGCCGGACACGCGGACGGUGCGGUCAUGGCGAAGACGGUGUAUAUGGAGAAACUGGCCCUCUCGCUCAAACUGCCGAUGAUCAAACUCGUCGACGGCUCGUCGGGCGGUGGCUCCGUGUCGACGAUUAUCACGAAUCAGUAUGCUUACGUGCCGCCGCUGGACGGGAGUCACGCGGUUGUUGAGCAGCUGAACGCUGGGAUUCCGAACCUGGGCGCGGCGUUGGGGACGGCUGUCGGGCUCGGGGCUGCCAGAGUCGUGGCGUGCCAUUUCUCGGUGAUGGCGGCGGAUGUCGGUUCGCUGUUUAAUGCGGGACCGCAGGUCGUGGCGAAUGCCACCUUUGAGGAAGACCUGUCGUUCAAAGAACUGGGUGGUCCAGCGAUCCAUUGCACCAACGGCACGAUCGACAAUCUUGCUCCGGACGAGGCGGGGUGUUUCCAGCAGAUCCGGACGGUGCUCGGGUUUCUGCCGAAUUGUGGCACGCAGAUACCGCCGACGAUUGCGUGUGAAGAUCCGAUCGAGCGGACGGCGCCUGAGCUGCGGACUCUGAUCCCGAGACGGCGUGAGCGAAUGUACGACCCGAGGAAGAUGAUCUCGACCGUCGUCGACAACGGGUCCUUUUUCGAGAUUGGUACGUUAUGGGGACGGACGGCGAUUGUUGGAUUAGCACGGCUUGGUGGCAACCCCGUGGGCAUCAUCUGCAAUAACGCCGAAGUGUUGACGGGAGCGCUAGACGCGGCGGGCUCGCAGAAAAUCACGCGACAUCUGAAAAUGUGCGAUGUGUUCAACCUGCCGAUCCUGCAGUUUGUUGACGUGCCCGGCUACUCCAUCGGGACCGUUGCCGAACGAACAGCCACCAUGCGCUGGGGCGUCGAGCUUUGGAAAGCCUACUACACCACUACCGUCCCCUUGUUCAAUGUCAUUGUUCGAAAGGCGUACGGAAUUGCAGGAAGUAUCAUGGUAGAGUGCCGCCAGCCGCAUACCAGAGUCGCAUGGCCAUCGGGAGAAUGGGGUAGCCUUCCACUGGACGGCGGUAUCGCUGUCGGCCACGCCAGCGAACUCCGCAAGCUCGAGAAGGAGCACGGAGUGGAGGCGAAAGACGCAAGAUACAAAGAGCUCGAGACCGAGUAUCGGAGGUUGAUGAAUCCUGUGAGGACGGCUAAUGCGUUUAGUAUCGAAGAGAUCAUCGAUCCAGCUGUCACUAGACCGCUGGUUAGCGAGUGGUGCAAGAUGGUUUACGAAACGGUUCUUCCCGAAAGAGUCGUGCAGAGAGUUUGCGGGAAGCUGCAGCCUGUGUAUAUGUAG